UCAAUUUAAAAUUGUGAAAUAUUGAGUGACUUUGGUCCAUUGUGUUAUGUUCAAACUAAAUAAACAGUUUUAAACAAUAGUUGGCAUCUCGAAAGUUAGCAGUAACAUUUCCUUAACAAAACGAUGUUGCCUGGGCGUCGCUGAGGAUUCAAAUUUCGGUGUACAUUGAUGUAUGUAUAAUCCGAAUUACCCUAUAAAUAUUAUAGCUUGGCGCAGGUGAGUGCCAACAUUUGACUCAGACCCGUCAUCAUCAUCAUCAUCAAAGGUGACUGAUUAGCGAACAAGUGCGUUGGAUUGUUUUUAAUCUGAAGCUUCAACAGUAAACGUGAAUCGACUUUGAAGAGCACAUAAUUUUUAUCACUUGACAAAUUGAAGGCUCUUCAACAUAUGCGUUGAAAAUUCAGACAUUUGAACGUGACAAAAUCUCUGACACCAUUUGAAAUGAACUACAUGGAGCGAAUGAUUUCCAAUGUUCGGGAUUUCUACAAGGAUAUUAAUCAGGCUACCCUUACUGGUGCCAUCGACGUAGUGGUUGUUGAACAACCGGAUGGUAGCUACAAUUGUUCACCUUUCCACGUUAGAUUUGGAAAAUUGGGGGUUCUGAGGAGCAAAGAGAAAGUGGUUGACAUAGAAAUAAAUGGCAUACCUAGAGAUAUUCACAUGAAACUUGGGGAGAGUGGUGAAGCAUUUUUUGUUGAAGAAUUAGAGAAUAGCGAUGAUCUUGAAAUCCCAGACAACCUUGUAACAUCACCAAUUCCUGUUUUGGAAUUAGAAAACCUAUUUAAUCAGAAUCGAAGAAGAAGUUUUGAUCUUGGUACAGAAGCUAUAUCGGUUGAAAACCAAAUUAGUGAUUAUUCAAAAAGGAGAAAUACUGCAGAUAAUAACACAAGUAAAACUAUUCGGGAAAGGGAUUUCCUCAAGCGUCACAUUGAUUUGGGUAAUAUCGACAUUGGAGACAAUUCUGGUGAUGACCACACAUUAUCUAAGCAGUCAACAACAAUGGAGCCUAGUAACGAAGACGUUAGUAAAGACGAUAUCUCUGAAACUAUUUUCAAGAUGGAUAGUUUGGAAAAUGAAUCAAGUAUAGCUGAUGUCGAGUCGAAAACAAGUUUGCCGACUACUCCAACAGAAUCUUUCCCAGAAAUCACUAAAAGCAGCAAAAGGAAGAGGAGGAAAACAAAAAAGAAGAAUGCGCCUAGGAGAUCUUCUAGUAACAAUCAAUUGCUACCAGAGAAUGUUGAAAAAACUGGAGAGUCGGCUACUGAGAAGAGCUCCCUAACUAGUAGCAAUUCAGAGUCUGAGAUAAAAGAAACAUUAAGUUUGGACGAACAGUCGUCGAAAAUCAACAGAAAAAUUUUAGACCCAGAUAUUCAUUUCUUUAGUGACACUGAAUUGACUACCGGUGGAAUCACAGAUUUAAGAAAUAAUUCAACAUUACAUCUGCUCAUCGAAACCGUGCAAUCGGAUUCUGAGAUUGAAAUGAAAAAUAGAAGAGGUACUGAAAACCAUGAUGGUCAAAGUUGGGAAUGGGGCGGUUUCCCUCAGAAUCAAAAUAGAGAAGUCGAUCAUAACAUCAAAACAGAAGAACAACAAAAAAUGUCCAUGAUUGCAACUAUGUUUUCAUUCAUGAAAUCAAAACACAUCUCUCAGAAAAUAAAUCAGGAAGGUAUUUACUUAUCUGACCUUUGCUCAGGUAACCUGGACCCUGAAACUGCAGAAUUAUACUUUCCUCGAAGCAGAAAGUCUCAAGAUGGCGAUAUGGAUUGUGAAUCAGGGAAUGGACCUUCAUUAGUUCAGAGCCCCAACAGUGUGGAAGAAUCUAAAUCGGUGGAUUCAGAUUUUGACGAAAAAAACAAACUGGCUAAAACUUAUUUCAACGAUAUCGUUAUAUCAACGUGUGGCUGGGAUCCAGAACCUAAUCAGAAUAGAUUUUCCGAAAAUGUUCUUUCCUUCAGUGACCUUUGUAAUAAUCCAUUCAUUCUAGAAUCUGAGAAAUUAGUAGUUAGAAUGAAGGAUAAGUAUUAUAAUUGGAAGGUUGCUGCUCCUCUAAUAGCUAGCUUGAUUAUCUAUCAUAGGCCUUUGCCACAGUCGUCAAUUGAUCAGUUGUGCAGCCUUCACAUGCCGACUUCCAGUAAAUCUAUUCUCAGCAAAACUCAUGAUAAACAGGAAGAAAGAUAUUAUUGGUGGAGUUGGAGACGAAGCAGAUCUUCUCGGGAAACCACACCGAUGGUCGAGAGCAAUGAAUUGAAAAAUCAAUCCAAAGAUGAGGAUCAAACAUUACCACAAGAAAAUAAAGUGAAUCAUACUGAAUGGGGAGUUGAGGAAAUAGAAACACCAGAAGAUUCUAGAAAAAUCGAUCUCAGUUUCAAAACUAUGGACAAUGAAGCUACGAAUAUUCAUUCCCAGAAGCUUUUAGAAAAAUAUAGGAAAACACUAAGAUUGAGUUCCAAACAAAUUAUGAGUCUCAAUUUGCGAGAUGGAAUAAAUGAAGUUGACUUCAGUGUUACAACAGCUUAUCAAGGAACUUCUCGUUGUAAAUGUUUUUUGUAUAAAUGGAAAUGGAAUGAUAAGAUAGUAAUUUCUGACAUUGAUGGAACUAUAACAAAAUCUGAUGUUCUGGGACAUAUUCUUCCAAUUGUAGGAAAUAACUGGGCUCAGAAAGGUGUAGCUCAACUGUUUCAUAAGAUAGCGGAUAAUGGGUACAAUCUUCUUUACCUUAGUGCUCGAGCCAUCGGCCAAGCCCGGGUUACUAGAGAUUAUCUCAAAUCCAUCAAACAAGAGGAUGUUUCUAUGCCAGCUGGACCAGUACUUUUGAACCCUACAUCUCUAAUUUUAGCUUUUCAUAGGGAAGUUAUAGAGAAGAAGCCUGAACAGUUCAAAAUCCAGUGUUUGACUGAUAUCAAAGCACUAUUUCCAUCUGAGUCUCAUCCUUUUUAUGCUGGUUAUGGAAAUAAAAUAAAUGUGGACCUGGGUGUGGUGAUUCCAAGUGAUCUUUCGUGGGCUGAACGUGUAUUUCACAUCAUAAAAAAGGAUGUGUAUGCUUAUAGUGCAGUAGGAAUACCGAUUGAAAGAAUCUUCACCAUCAACCCUAAGGGUGAGCUUAAGCAUGAACUUACCCAAACGUUCCAGUCCAGUUACUCGAAUAUGAGUUUCAUCGUAGACCAACUUUAUCCAUCCAGAGUUGAACCAGCAAACGACUUUUCUCAGUUCAUAUAUUGGAGAGAUCCUAUAGCACCAUUAUUCGACCUACCUGAAGUAUAAAAAAAAAUCAAAGUUAAUAAUAACAUUCCAUAAAUUGACAUAUAAAUAUUCAAUUGAAAACAUUAGGCGUAUCCAGUUUUCAUUGUAAGUGUUUCAAAUAUACCAUUAAAAUAAGCUUAGGUCUAGAUUUUCCUUAUAACAUUUGUUUUGAUUUAGUGUAAGACUACAGGUUUUGGGAUUCUCUUUCAUUUUAAUAGUCAUUGACAUUAACUUCAGCUGCCUUAUAAGGUUAGUUUCAUUUAUAUUGAUAUCCAAUGUAAUACUUCAAACUUGAAAUUUCAUUAAAAAUGUUACUAUUUUAUAUCGAUAACAAAAAAUUAUUCCAAUCAUGUCGUUCAACUUGCUAUUAUUUCUCGCAUAUAACCAUAUUAAUAUUGAAAUGAGCUUUUGAUGUGUGCUAUAUAUAAAGCAUGUCAUGACGACUGUCAAAUCAUAAUUUGUCAAAUCAAAUAGAAAUAAAUAUAAACUUCAUGCAAAAAUGAUUUCAUCAACAAUAUAUUAUAUACAAUAUAUAAGCAUCGAGCUUAAAAUUGCUUAUGUGUUUGAACCUUAGUUAUGUAAUAACUUUUGUGAUAUUUCAUAUAUCUUAUUAAAAGCUGUUCAGUUCCCAAUGAGGAAUUUUAUUUCAGUUAUUGUUUGUUGGGCACCAUGAAUUAAAUAUUUAAUAAAACACUGUUAAUUUCA